GUUUUUAGUCGACAUUUGCUAACCCGUGUAAAAGUUAAAUCCCAUUUUAUACCCAUAUCUAAACAAACUAGUGAACAUUCCCUUUUAAACCAAACACCAAGCCAAAAGGAUCUAAAAUCCAUGACAUCUUUAUAAACAUCAAAUGUGCAAGAAUCCAUUGGUCAAACUCAAACCUCAACACAAAGUCCUCAUAACUACCACAUUUGUCUUAACAACAAAUUCCCCCAAAAAAUAAUUAUUUUUUGUCAAAAAAAAUAAAAUUAAAUAAAAAUAAAAAUUAGAUUCACUAGCAAGAACACUAAAUUCUAGGGCACUUGUACUUGUACCUGCACCCAAUCCCAUUCUAUUCUUUCCCCUAAAAUGUAGCAAGUGGACCCCAUUCUUAGUUGUUACUAUAUAUACGCCGAAAAAAUAUUUAGUGACGAAAUAACAAGAGAAUAACAAAACGAGCUGCACACACAGUUUCCUUACACUCGUGUUUCUCUCUCUGCUUUCUCUCUCUACUUUUUUCUUCCUUUUCGCCACUGUUUCUCUCUCUUGAUCCCUCUGGAUCAGCGAAUGCAGGUGGAAUACACUAUUUAUCGCAUAUUUGCUAUUAUAGUUAACUCCCGGUAGGAUCUCCGAAAAUCGUCUUGAUUGGUUUUGGUGGUUUGUAGCUGCUUAAGUAGCUGGUAGAUUUAUUUAGGGGAAACAUUUCUACGGAUAUGAGGUCGUCUUCACCGUAAUAAUGGCUGGAAAUGCGAGAUAUGAGAUGACAUCAGCUAGCCCCGACUCCGGUUUUGCAGGGAACAGCCAAAAUGGGCAAAGGGGGUACUCUGCUGCCACAUUGGAUAGGUCUACGAGUUUCAGAGAGGGUACCGAUAGCAAGAACUUUACUUCGGGAAAGGCAAAUUCUAGGGGGAGUGCUUCCUCUUCAGGCGAUGUGACUGCAUUAACACAAUGCCUGAUGUUGGAUCCAGUUGCUUUAUGUGAUCUGAAGCAUCCGCGGUCCAAUGAAUUAAAGAGGCUUCUGGGAUUUUCUGUUGGGAGCGGUUCAGAAGAAAAUUCUUUUAGUGCUGCUCAUCUGAAGAAUACAUCUCCAGUGGCUGUGGAGGAAUUGAAGCGAUUAAGAGCGAGUGUCGCUGAUACUUGUGUUAAAGCCAGUGGUCGAGCAAAAAAGUUGGAUGAUCAUUUAAGUAAGCUGAACAAAUUUGUUGAGUCCGUUUCCUCUAAGAAGCAGCAGCAAAGGAAUGAGAUUCUGACAAAUGAACGAUCUAGUGGUUCAAACUUGAAGAGUGGAUCUCUGAUGCAUCGAAAUCCUUCGGAAUUUGGAAAUCAGAAAUUUGAUGAUCGGCCUAAGAAUGGUGGAGUGAAUAAGCGAUUACGGACAUCAGUGGCAGAAACUCGGGCUGAGUGCAGGAAUAAUGGAGUGCUAAGGCAGUCUUUAAUGGUGACAAAAGAACGAGACCUGCUGAAAGAUGUCAGUGCAGAUUCUGAUAUCGUUGAGGAAAAAAUAAGGAGAUUACCAGCUGGCGGAGAAGGCUGGGACAAGAAAAUGAAAAGGAAACGCUCAGUUGGUGCUGUCUUUUCAAGAUCUGUUGACAACGACGGGGAACUGAAAAGAACCAUGCAUAAUAAGCUGACUAAUGAAUCAAGUCUGCAGUCUAGUGAUUCCAACCUUAGUUUCAGAUCAGGAGCUUCUGGUGGCAGUAACAAAUUAGAUGCUACAUCAUCUCCUGCUGGUUCUAAUGCUCGUACAACCUUAAAAAAUGAACAAGAAAAAUCUACGCUCUCAAGGGAUCUUUCUGCUGGACCAAUUAAGGAGAAAAUCUUAGGCAAAUUAAAUGUUAGGAUAAAUAAUCGUGAGGACAACAAUGCCGUGUGUCCUAGUCAAAUAUUAAAAGGGAAGGCUUCAAGGGCACCCCGAAGCGGCUCUAUAGUUACAGCUAAUUCACCAUCUAACACCCUUCGUGUUUCUGGAACUUUGGAGAGCUGGGAACAGCCCCAGUCUGUAAACAGAACCCCUACAAAUGGUGGGCCCACCAAUCGGAAGCGUCCGGCGCCCGCCGGAGCAUCAUCUCCACCCAUAACUCAAUGGGGUGGUCAAAGGCCACAGAAAAUGUCUCGAACAAGAAGGACUAAUCUUAUCCCUGUAUCGAACCUUGAUGAUACACAGCUUCAACCUGAAGGAUGUUCGCCUUCAGAUUUUGGUCCCCGUGCUUCUUCUUUUUCGGUCAAGAGUUCAGCUAAUGGAAACCAAAAUUCUAACGUAAAAGCCGAAAAUGUUUCGUCACCCGCUAGAUUCUCUGAAAGUGAAGAAUCUGGUGCCGGUGAUAUCAGAAUAAGAGAGAAGGGUUUAGGAAGUGAAGAUGUGGAGGAAAGGGAUGCAAAUACUGGUCAGAAUGCUUCUUCUGCAAUUCCGACUAAAAAGAAUAAAGUUAUGCUCAAAGAAGAAAUUGGUGACGGUGUGAGGAGACAAGGGCGUAGUGGAAGGGUCUCGCCGUUUUCUAGGUCUAGCAUUUCGCCAAAUGGAGAGAAGUUGGAUAAUGCGGGUCCGAUCAAGCCUCCAAGAAAUGCAAGAUCUGGUUCUGACAAGAAUGGAAGCAGGUCAGGUCGUCCUUUGAAGAAGCUGUCAGAUCGAAAAGGCUUUUCCCGUCUUGGUCACAUGGCUAACGGGGGUUCCCCUGAUUGUAGCGGGGAAUCAGAGGAUGACCAUGAAGAGCUCUUAGUGGCGGCUAAUCUCGCUUGGAAUUCUAGUACUACUGCAUGUACGAGUGCAUUCUGGAAAUCAGUUGAUUCCUUGUUCUCUUCUAUUGGCUCUGACGAUAAAUCAUACUUGUCAGAACAGCUAAAAUUGUCUGAAGAAUGCCCAAGUACUUAUCAGAACUCCAGCGAUGGCAAUAACUUGCGAGUGAAGUUGGAUGAUUAUGGCCAUGAAGAAAUUGCAGCAUCUGACCCUACAUCUUUUGGAAGAUAUAGACAGAUGAAUAAUGUAACCGGGUUUAAAAAUUCUUCGGAUAGAAUGGAUUAUGUUGAACAAAUUCAAGAUUCUCCAGAAGCAGAGAAGAUAUAUGACAAAGUUACUCCGCUUUAUCAAAGGGUACUAUCAGCUCUUAUUUUAGAAGAAGAAACUGAAGAAUUUGAAGAAACUGGGUGUGGGAGACCGAGAAGUUUGGUUAAUGAUUCAUACCUCCGUGAGCCAAUACUUGGCGUUCAGACUCAGAGAAAUUGCAAUGCAGACAUAAUUGUUUCUUGUAAUGGAAAUGGAGACUUUGAUAGGUACCCUAGCGCCCAGGAUUAUUUAUUUAAUGACGAUCGGAUGCAAAUAGACGGGGGAUAUGUGCACUCUGAGGUUGAAGUGUUGGUUAGACUUUCAAGAUGUGAUUAUGUCGUCCAAAGUCUACAGACAAAUAAUUGUGGCAUUUCUCCCAUCGACUGCCAGUAUGAACAGAUGCGUGUGGAAGAAAAGCUCGUGUUAGAAUUACAGAGCAUCGGACUAUUUGUGGAAGCUGUGCCUGCUUUGGAUGAUAAAGAAGAUGAACUCAUUAACGAUGAAAUUGUUCAGCUAGAGAGAGAACUUCAGGAACAGAUUGAGAAGAAGAAGUCUUCUUUGAAUAAAAUAGACAAGGAUAUUCAAGAAGGCAAGGAAAUCGUAAGAAGGGACACUGAACAGGUUGCGAUGGACAAACUUGUUGAGUUGGCGUACAAGAAAUUUUUGGCAACUAGAGGAAGCUUCGCUUCUAAGCAUGGGGUGGCCAAGGUGUCGAAACAAGUUGCUUUGUCUUUUGCGAAGAGGACGCUUUCUAGAUGUCAUAAAUUUGAAGAUUCAGGAGCAAGUUGCUUUUCCGAGCCUGCACUCAGAGAUAUCAUUUUCGCCUCUCCUCCUCGCUUUGACGAAACUAAGCCGCUUACCGGUGCCACUGUGGCAGUCGCUAAUGAUGCAUUUGAUCAGGAUUUUGCUAGGAAUGGGCCAAUAUCGAAUCGAGCAAAGCGAAAGGAGCUAUUGCUCGACGAUGUAGGUGGUGCUGUAUUUAGAGCUUCGUCCGCUCUCGGCAUUUUGGACGGUACAAAGGGAAAGAGAAGUGAAAGGGAUUCGACAAGAAAUAUGGUCGUUAAGACAGGACGCCCGUUAAUGGGUGGCGCUAAAGGCGAGCGAAAGGCAAAAUCGAAGCCAAAGCAGAGAACAGCACAGCUUUCCACAUCAGCAAACGGGUUGGUCAACAAAUUCACAGACAACCGCACUAUUGAAUUGGAAAAUACUAAUAAUAAAGAUACUAGGAAAAAGGAUGUUAGAUUUAUGUCUUGUAAUAAUAACAAUGUUCCUCCAGUUCCAUCCAAGGAAACGAAGGAAUCGAUUAUGGAGUUCGAUAACUUGCCGCUAAACGGCAUUGAGGGUAUAGAGGAACUUGUUGUAGAUACUGAAAUAGGUGGGACACAGGAUCUUAAUUCUUGGUUGGAUUUGGAUGGGUUACAAGACCACGAUUCUGCUGGGCUUGAGAUACCUAUGGAUGACCUGGCGGAACUCAAUAUGUUCUGAUAAAUAAUGUCCGCCUUGUUGUACAGCUUGUCGAAAAUAAUUAAUUUAGCUACAGAAGAAACGAUACUUUUUCCGAGUGGUGGGGGAUUGGCUGUUGUUGUGCUGUGUUUAAGAUAUGUCUUGGCCAAAUGGCAAAUUGUAAUUAUACAAAAAAAUUCUUGUAAACUUUUCCGCAAAGGUGUUGUGGAAAUCCUUGUAGUUGAUUUAUUUCGAACGAUGUUUUCCGUGUAAGAAGUAUGAAAAGUUUUUUUAGUGGCAACAUAAAUCCUUGUAUUCUUUU